CAUCCCCUACAUAAUUCACACGCUCUGCGGCAGAUCUCAUCAGCAUAAAACCCUGGCGGUCGAUACUUUAUUUAACGUUCUGUAAUUUAUUAUUGCAAUGGGCCCUGUAACAUACAACGACCUGCCAAUAGGGAUGAGGUUUCGUCCUUCAGAUUUGGAGAUGGCAGUUUAUUUCUUGUACAAGAGAGCUUUCGGAUUACAGAUGAAUGCUCGUAUAGUACCUGAUAACUGUCAUGACAUCUUCUCAAGACAUCCACAUGACUUGCCUGAAUAUGAAAAGGAAGAUGAGCAUUGGUACUUCUAUCGGGAAAAAUCUAAAAGUCCUACCAAGUCUUAUAAUCUCUGGAUACCAACUGGAGAAGAAACGGAAGUUUUGGAUCCAAAGAAGAAUGACAAAUUAGUCGGUAUAAAACAUUCAUUUGCUUUCAUUGAGAACGAAGAAGAAGAAUCCGAAAAAAAUGGUUUGCCUGACGAAGAAGAAACUCCAAAAUACAAUUGGUACUUGGAUGAAAUUAGUCUCCCAUUGACAGUUACAGAUACUGAUUGGACUAUGUGCCACGUCUAUUGCAAGAAUACCAAACCUGAGUUUGUAAGUUUGCCUGUAGUCCCAUACGAAUCCGAAUCCGAAUCCGAGUCGGAUCAAUCGGAAGGAGAAGAAGAAGAAGAAGAAGAAAAAGAAGAAAGUGUAGAGAAGCCUGCAGAGACAUUGAACCUUGUUAAAGAAAAAAAAGACGAAACCGUUCUUCUUCCUCCACCUCCUGCUUCACCUUAAGGCUUCUUCAUCCAUCACAUGGUGCUUUGGUCGUUUUAUCAAGUGUUCAUGAACGCAGCUUUGGUGCCUUGUUAUAAUAUUUAAUUUAUUCAAUCUUUUUAUGAAGAGAGAGUUUUUGAUUUGGUCUAUGGAAUAAUAUUUUAUAAGAAAAUGAAGAGAUAAAAGAGUUUUUUUGGAA